AUGCAACAUCCGAUUACAGAGCACACACCUCAGGCUGAUGUUGACCGACGUGCUCGUCUGUACCUUCUCGUCAUAUUCGGGGGCAUCCUGUUCCCGAACACGUUGGGUUCGCAUGUGAGCUUGAGGUAUUUGCCCUUUCUGGAGCAUCUGGACGAGAUGGGAUGUUACAGUUGGGGCGCUGCUGUUCUGGCUUUCAUGUAUCGCGAAUUCUGUCGAGUGCCUAUUAGCGUAAGGACCGAUAUCGCUGCAUUUUUCCCGCUCCUCCAGAUAUGGGUAUGGGUUAGGAUGAGACCUUUUCAGCCCAUAGCUGCUACCCCUCCACUCGACUAUAUUGAUCAAGCGAUGCCAUAUGCGCGGAGAUGGACGAGAGGAGGCGUUAUCCGAGAUGUGGAUACGCAUCACAGUAUUCUCCCGUUCAGGGAUCAGCUAGAUCGUAUAACGUCAGACACGGCUUUUAUAUGGAUGCCAUAUGAUCAGAUUUUGGAUCAGCUGCCGGCAUUUUGUAGGGCUGCUACGGACCGUACAGAGGAUGCGCUGGGAGAGCAUGGACCAUAUGGAUGCCCCCGAGACAGCGGGAUAUGCAGCGCGGAUAGUUCAGCUAGCCGAGGGUGA